AUGCCGCCACGCCUCCGCUCCAAGCCUUACGGCCCCAACUCCCCCAACGCCGUUCAGGGCCUCCCUGACCCUGCUCCCCGUCGUCGCCGAGCGACUCGUUCUGCGUCUGCUCAACCGCAGGAAGACCAACCCGCCCCGCCUGUCCGCGAGCCCAAGACUCGCAAGACCCGUGGCAAGGCCGCUUCCCGCGGCAAGAAGAAGGCGACGCGCCAGACCUCCCCCCCCCCUUCUCCCGCCGAAGACCCCCAGCCAGAACAGCUGGAGGGUGAUGAGACCACCUCGGGUGCCGUCGUCCAGGAACUCAGUGUAAAGGUGGAGUCCCCCGAUGUCGAACUUGGCGUCAUCCAAGAACACGACGAACCCCACGGAGCCAAUGCCGACGAGCCUACCGUCGCGCAGAUGCAGGAUUUCCUGGCGCAGGAAUCGCGCAAUCCCUCAGAAGGACCCAGUGCUGACCAGUCUGUGGCCGAGCAGACUCGCCCAGACCUCGAGAUCCAGGAACAGGCCGCAACUCCUUCCGUUGAGAUCCCUGUCACUGUCCUCCCGUCAAUUGAGCCCAGUGACCCUGAGUUGACGACUCCAACUCCUGGAGUUUGUGAGUUACCUUCCUUCAUUUCUCUCCGUUUUCCCCCCUGCGUCUUUCUUCCCCAUCCAUCCACCCCCCGAGCUUCGACGCCCUCCAUCUCCACCAAGGAGCCCAGCAACCAACAUAGAAGUUGGUUCAUGUCCAAGUUGCGGUCUUUUUCCAGCUUGUGCACCCGCAGCCAUGCUGCACCCGUCGUGUCCUCGGCUGCGUCCGCCCCGUCCGCCACCAUCACUGCUCCCGCAGUUAGAUGGUCCUUGGAAAUCCCCGUAUUCAACCUGAACAUGGGCCACCCAGAAUCCGCUCUGGACGACAUUGAACUGAUGUCCAUCAUUCGUGCAGUGCGGACCGCCGGAACAGUACCAAGCCGCCGCUCCCACCGCCGUCCUAGAACCUCGCCGUCCCCUUCCUCCGAGCAGUCCCGAGUCCUGCGUGCCCAAGGGGCCACUCCGAUCCACCGGUCUCGCACGUCUUACGCCAGCAGGUCCACCUCUCGCCGCAUUGAGAGCCGUGGCAGUCUCGGCCGGACUCUGUACCGUCUUCCACAGCUCCUGUCCUUCAGCAAUCGACCCGAGCUCCAAGAUGACUCUGGCGAAGAGACGAAUCUUCUCGACGAGCAGGACUCCCUGAAUCUUCCCCCUGCGACUUCAGUUCCUGAGGCUACUCCCCCCUCGACCCCCAAGCGCGCGACCGCUGCCACCCCCGUGGCCCCUAUGACCGCCCCUGCCGCGGGUACUGAUGUUUCUCCAGGCUGGAGCAGAUGGAUCUUCAAUGGUGUCUCGAGAAGAUGGACAGUUCUGAGAGGCCGCUUCACUCAUGACCAUGACAAUGAGAAUGAGAACCAGCCAGCUGUUGCUGAGCCAACUGUGCCCAACGUGGCUGCUUCUUCCACUGAACCGGUCCUAGCUGCACCAGUCACGACAUUGAAACCCUCCCCAGCAGGCGUCCUCGGCCCAUCCAUUUCUCCUAAAGCCCAGAGAAUGGCUCCUCUGCUCCGAGGUCCCCCUUCUCCCCUUCCUCGUGUCGCUCCUCUACCUCGUCCAAGACGUCGUAGUAUGUCGUUUGUAGACACAAGAACGCUACUCGCUGCCGAUGGUUCUCCUUCUUCUAGCGAUGCUUAUUCUCACGAGACUCAGCGUGAAUUCGUCAAACGUCGACAAGCUGCUCGUGUGGCACUUGAAAAACAAAAGCAGGAGGCCAAAUCUCGCGAAAUCACAGCAGCCCAGUUUGCCGCUGCAGCUGCCGCGGCCGCGGCUCAUGAAGCUGCCCGCUGGAAGCAAUACGCUUCCUCUAAUACACCCACACUCCCCAGACCGUUCCCAGUUACCCCUAACAAGCCCAUAAAUCAAGCCCCUCUACCCACGCCAGCCUCUCAGAUUGACUCGGGUUCGCGCAGCAGAGCAUCCGAGGUGGCUGCCGCCCAGACUGCAAACCCACGCAAGCGGAGUCGUGGGUUCGGUCUUGAUGAAGACGACCUCGCCGUCCACGAGGAGGAUUUUACACCCGAAGAAUGGGAAACGCUCAAAGCACAACAGCAGAAGCGUACCCAGCAAUCGGUCCGCCGUCAGAGCACAACUUCUCAUCCAACCGAACCUCCCAUCCGCACCCCCGGUUUUAUCCCGAAUCGCCGAGGAACUCUUGCACCGCCCGAUUUGUCCCCAAUCGAUUCGAGCCGAUUGCUGACCGACCCUGACUCGCCUUCGGACCCUCAAACUCCUCCGGCCUCAACCCAGCCAUUGGAGACUCGUGAAGCCCAGAAAGCUGCCUCACACUCGCGUUCAAACUCCAGUCACACAACCACUGCGCAAAGCCGAGCUUCCUCUAGCUCCCAGACAGGUAUGAUUCUCAACGGUGUCUUUGUUCCGGAGCACCAACUCCCCAAUUGUGAUUUGAGCACGCAGGGGGCCUGGAGAAGAACCCCUUCAACCCUUCCAGACCUUUCCUGGCUCCACAGGAUUCCCACAACUUCCAAGGAGAGACGGGAGAAGCGAAAUAAGCCCUCCGCUUAUUUCAGCUAUCUCCGGUCAUUUACUCAGGCGCGUGAGGAACUUCGGCGUACAGAAGGUGCAGCGUUGCAGGCAGAGGCAGAAGACGCCAAAAAGCAGGCCGCGAGACGAAAAGCUCGAGAAAUUGCGCAGAAUGAAGAAAUCAACAGGCGCUGGCGUUCCCAACGUCGCGAGUCCGGUGCCUCCGUCGCGUCUCCCUCUGUUAGGUUCGCUGAGCGGCUCGAGACAUCACGGUCGAUUGAAGAAUUUGCUCUGGCAGCUUCGUCCCCAAUCCCAUCACCACGUUUACCCACCCCACCACGCCCCGCGAUCAAGCGAAAGCGGGCAUCUGAAGCGUCCGAUCCCUGUUCCCCUCCGUCGCCGUCCCCAAAGCCGCCUUCGCCGCCGCGGCCUGUAAAGCGGAGCCGGACUUUCGAGGCCCCAGAUCCUUAUGCAUCUUCUUCAUCGUCCCCAAAGACGCCUCUGCCGCCCGUGAAGCGCAGUCGGACUUUCGAGGCUCCGGAUCCAUAUGCAUCUUCAUCGUCAUCUUCUGCCUCUUCUGCUUCGCCCCCUUCACGUUCUCCCUACGAUGCAGCCUCGUUUUUUGCGUCUCUACGGCCUCAGCCGCACUCACCGCAAGGUGGCCCAUAUGUAGGGACUGAUGCUAACAGACCAACCCCCCAAUUAGCUGCGAUCCAAGAUUCCGAGCUCGGCACGGAAGCCAUCGAGGCGCAAGACCCCUCCCCACUGAGCCGCGCUCGCAACAAGGCGGAGCUGUUCAAGCCAAAAACUCCAAGUCGCCUUCGUGAAUCCACCCGGAUCCCGAAUAGCACCGCGUCGACACCGUCCGCUCCCGGGCUAUCUUCACCAUCAUUCAAUGGUGUGUCGCUGAAUAAUACCCCUCUCCGUUCUGACCCGAUGUCCAUUGAUGGCUCAUCAUUCCUCGCAAAUCCAGUUGCGACCCCACCUGGAAACCAAGUCUCGACCGCCGACAUAAUUUCUACUGAUGCUCGACGCGAAGAUGUAGCUCCUCUGGGCCCAGGGGCAUUUGCUUCGGAUCCACUAAAAGCCCCCGAGACCGAUAUAAGAGCGUCCUCGACUGCAGCGGCUCUUAACACAACAGAAAGCGCCGUGAACGAAGCCGUGCCUAGUCUAGCCGAUGAUGUUGCUUGGCUGUCGGAGAUAUUGCCAAACGGAAACUUCGAUGAACUCCAGUGGCCGCCACGCAGACGCCAUGCUGAAGUCUUGAAUAUCUGCCCGGAGGCCGAAGCGAUUGUGGAACAGAGUUGGCCCGAAAAGGGAGCCGACCUGGUGAAAUAUUUUGAGAACAUGUUCGAGGCCUACAAAGCCGCGCCUGAUGAGUUUGUUGUGGCACUGUGA